AUGGCGCCGACCUUCAUGGUGUCGGCACCCGGUAAGGUCAUCGUCUUUGGCGAACACGCCGCCGUCUACGGGAAGCCAGCCAUCGCCGCCGCCAUCUCGCUCCGGUCCUACCUCCUCGUCAACACCCUCUCCAAGUCCCGUCAUACCGUCACGCUGAACAUGCGAGACAUUGGCCUCGACCAUACCUGGGACAUUGCCGCUCUCCCCUGGGCCGCCUUCAACCAGCCCGAGAAGAAGAAAUCCUUCCACUCCCUCGUCACUUCCCUAGACGACGACCUCCUCAACACCAUCAUCCCCCAUGCCGAGGAGGUAUCCGAGCAUCUCCCAGAGCAGGACCGCAAGAUCCACAUCAGUUCGGCAAAAGCCUUCCUCUACCUCUUCCUCUCCCUCAGCUCGCCGCACAGCCCUGCCGUCAUCUACACCCUCCGCUCCACCAUCCCCAUCGGCGCCGGCCUGGGCAGCAGCGCGAGCGUCUGCGUCUGCCUCAGCGCCGCCCUGCUCCUCCAGAUCCGCGCCCUCGCCGGCCCCCACCCGGACCAGCCGCCCGAGGAGGCCGAGCUCCAGAUCGAGCGGGUCAACCGCUGGGCCUACGUCGGGGAGAUGUGCAUCCACGGCAACCCCAGCGGCGUGGACAACACCGUGUCGGCGGGUGGCAAGGCCGUCCUGUUCCGGAGGCAGGGCGCGGCCGGCUCGUCGCCGCUGGUCACGCCGCUGCCCCGGUUCCCCAAGUUGCCGCUGCUGCUCGUCAACACGCGACAGGGGCGCUCGACGUCUACGCAGGUUGAGAAAGUGGGCGUGCUCAGGAGGAACCAUCCCAAGGUGGUUGAGCCGAUCUUGGAGGGUAUUGGGGAAGUAUCCAAAUCGGCCCUGGAACUUAUCUCGUCGACUGAUUUUGAUGGUGAUAAUGGGAGCAUCAAUGCGGCGGUAGAGCACUUGGGGACGCUGAUCCGUAUCAACCACGGAUUCCUUGUUUCUCUCGGGGUAUCACAUCCUAGACUUGAGCGGAUCAGAGAGCUGGUCGACUAUGCGGGGAUAGGAUGGACAAAGCUGACGGGCGCGGGAGGCGGCGGGUGCGCCAUCACGCUGUUUCGGCCGGAUGUGGAGGAGGAGACGAUCCGGGAGCUGGAGCAAAAGUUCGAGGCGGAGGGGUUCGAGAAGUACGAGACAGUUCUGGGCGCUGAUGGCGUGGGGGUUCUCUGGCCGGCCGUGUUCCGCAACGAGGAUGAUGAUACGGCGGCCGAGGAGAUUGACCAGGAAAUGUUUGAGAAGGCCGAGGGGGCCCAGGGAGUUGAUCGGCUUGUUGGUGUGGGAGCGCAGGAGAACCGGAAGGGUUGGAAGUUCUGGAGGAGGAUGGCGGUCUAG